AGAACAGGACUAAUCCAGAGACUCAGCACUCAGGAUUCCAGCUCUACUGAGAGAGGAAGUGAAGUCAGUAGAUCAGCUGUUCCACACGAGGGACUGGUACUGGGAGAGAAAAUGGCCUCCGUAUCUCUUUGAAGAGGAGUUCUCCUGUUUACGCUGAAACACUCAGGGAUCCUCUUCUCCUGGAGUCAUAGUGUGUGUGAAGCCUACAGCAGCAGUGUCCAGUCUGCAGGAGAAACAGCCUGUGUGUGUGAAGCCUCUACAGCAGCAGUGUCCAGUCUGCAGACUGUUUGGUGUGUUGCAGGGGCUGCUGCACUAGACUGAGGAAGGCAAAAUGGCAGCUGGGGGCACAGACAACGAUUAUAAACUGGUCAUCCCUGAUCAUGUUGUGAAGUGUAAAGAUGGUGAUGAUGUCACACUGCGCGGUCACCUCUCUCCUGAAACCAGUGCUGUUGCCAUGGAGAUCAGGUGGUUUAGACAGACAGACUGUAUCUACCUGUAUAGGAAUGGUCAUGUGAUAGAGGGGAGGGGCUACGAGGGCAGAGUGAGUGUGGACCCCCAGCAGCUGCAGAGAGGAGACGUGUCUCUCAGACUGAGGAGGAGCAGAAGGGGAGAUGAUGAUGAUAGAGGAGUGUACACAUGCCAGGUCAUCAGUGGAGGACACCAGGAGGAGGGAAGAGUCGGGUUGGGGAUCUACAAUAUGAGGAUGAGACGUCCCAGUGAUCGCUAUGUCUGCAGUGGAGUCACACAUUCAUCAUGA